AUUUCAUUUUGAAAGUUCGUGGAGGGAUGAGAAUUUUUAUGAUUUUUUUUGUGGGAUUUCUCAUGGUCAUGCUGACAAGUGGAAGGGGUCAUUCCGCUGGGGUGAGGACUGCGACGGGGAGGAGAGAGUCCGGGAAACACGAAGGACAUCGCGGCGUCCUCAACAGCUACCGUUUCCUCGUCCCUCCAGCUGAAUCCCAGUUCCUGGAGAACCUGGUGCUUCAGGGCAGGGCGGCCGAGGACAAGGGCGGCGAGAUCUACGAACCGAAGAGGAAGAACAACACAGGCAUCCUGACCAUGAUAAAAAAAUUCCUCCGGAAAUUCAGACUGCGGGGGUCAAGCACAUCCCCGAAACCUGAAGAAAUUUCGCUACCCGAUGAGGAGUUUAUCACGGACGACCGAAUGGAGAACUUUUCGGAGGGUAGCACAGAGGGCACAACGAUGGGUGAGUCCCCCGUGGAAGUGAUACUCCCCGUGUCAGGCAUAUUUUUCAACUCGAGCACAACAAAAAUUCCGGACUUCCUGGAGAAUGAGAGGGGCCGCACCGUUUAUGAACCCCCGGGCGGGGAAAAUCAGGCGAAAAAUCCGGGUAAUUUGGUUACACAGGGGUACAUGGGCCACGGGACAUCCGGUGAAGAUGGCCAAAGAGAUGAUUUAGAGCAUUCGGCGGAACCUCUAGCACCUGUUUUGUUCGGUGGGAGACAUGCUACUUUUGAUCUUGAGAUCAAAGCAAUUCCAAUAUCAAAUAGACGAGUUGUGAUCAAUGGAAUUAAUCGAUUUGUUCGUUGA